CUCUCUCUCUCUGUCUCUCUGCCCUGCUCUCUACCCCUCUCUGUUUCUUCACAGAGUGGAGCGUACAGGCCGACUGAAGAAUGGAUAUUUUCUUCUGACCUGCAGAAUGGACCAAUAUUUCAGGAGGAAGAUCUGUGUUUCUGUAUAAACAGCAGAAAGUUAAACGCUUGUCUGGACUCCCAGUGACUUGCAGAACUGGACCUGUUGGAUUGUGUGUAUGGGAAACCAGACACAGCACAGAGGACACACACACACACUGUUCUUGUCUUUUAGACUAGAGCAGCAGCAGCACACACUCUGAGGCCCCUCCACUCUCUGGUUUGCGUUCUCUGGACGUUAUGAUUGGGUCGGUGGUGAUCCGUUGGGCCUCAGUGCUGCUCGCCACUGUCUUUGGACCGUAUCACCCUGCAGAGGGGGGGUGUUCAGGGCAGUGCUGCCCGGGAAAGGACCUGACCUGCUCCUCACUGGACUGGAGGAGUGACCGUGUGUAUACGACGUGCUACUGUGAUGAGAGCUGUGUGAGGUCUAAGGACUGCUGCUUUGACUACCCAACUGAAUGCACAGCCCAGCCGUGUGUGGUGAGUGAAUGGACACACUGGAGUGGUUGUGCCAGACCCUGCCAGCCUUCGUACCGCGUACGGAGACGCAGCAUUGAGAUAAAACCCCAAAACAGUGGGCAGGCCUGUCCAGCUCUGGAAGAAAGAGCAGGCUGCAUGGAGUACCAGGACUAUGAAGGACAGAGCUGUGGUCAUUCACAAGGACCAGCGCUGAUAACAACAAUGGAGUACAGCAACGGCAGAAUAGCACACGUUGUGUAUGGAACCCCGGUGGAUUCUGGGUUCUGCAUGGAGUUUAAGGUGGAGUCCCUGAGCAGACAUUGUAUGGUGGAGAACAAACCUCACACACGCUGGAUGCAGUAUCUGAGAGAAGGAUUCGUGGUGUGUGUGUCCUGCCAGCCACCUGCCAUCAGCAACCGCAGCCACACCUGCAACGGAGACGGACAAUCUGCAAACAGGGACACCAUACUGCAAUGGCAGGCUGUGGGAAACCCUCGCUGCCGGGGAACAUGGAAAAAAGUUCAGAAACUGCAGCACUGCUCCUGCCCUUCAGUCCACAGUUUCAUCUUCAUCUAAAGACAGACCCACUAACACAGCCAUAAAAAAUGUACAGACAACUUUAUUGGCAAAUGUAAAUUUUAACACCACGUCUUGUUUAAAAAAAGUUUUUUUUUUCACAUGUUUAUAUAUGUUCAUACUUGUCUAUUAAUGUAUGAAAUGGAAUAAAAAAUAUUAUACAAUUAAUAUAAUACAAUUGCA